GCUAGAUCGCACGGCCCCCUUGGAUAGUUCCCGAAAUGUGGCAUUGUUUGGAGAAUGUCGUCCUGACUACCCCAGGUAUGCAUGGCCUUUUUGUUUGCAGAAUUUGACCCGGGAAACAAAGAAGUGCCAAAUGAAAAACACCAGCCAAAGCUCGCUCCCUUUCUCGAUUGCUGCUGCUCUCUGCGCUCGCUCCGUUCGAUUAUACUUUUUGAAUAUUUGCUGUGGCUGUACUGUACCGACUUAUGAUGCAGUGGAACCGUAUACACGCUGGCGUCUUGCAAGUCUGAAGUGCUAGUCAUGUACUUGAUUCCCCUCCUCUUCGUACAACUUACCUGUUUUCUGGCUGUUCAGGCAAUCAGUGUCCAGGAUAUCCCUCAGUGCGCGCAACAAUGCCUUUCAAACUCAACCACAGCCCAGACGCAAUGCUCGGUAAUCGAUAUCGGAUGCCUCUGCUCCAACACGGCGUAUGUCAGCACCCUGUCGUGCUGCCUCUAUCAGAAAUGUUCGGAGGGGGAGCAAGCAACUGCCAUACAAUUCAACAAGCAGGAGUGCGCAGCAGUCAAUGAAACAGCCCCAGACUUCGUAGGAUGUUCUCCUGCGGGAUUAUCCAGCGCUCUCGCAAGCGCCAGUGCUCUAGGCGUUGCACCUGUGACGGGCUCAGCAACUGCCUCUUCUGUCACAGGCACCUCUUCAUCUUUAUCCUCUUCUUCACCGUCCUCGUUGGCGAAUUCUGGAUACCUUACAGUAUCGGGGGAUGUGGUGCCUGAAACUGUUAUCUCGCAAAGUGGAAAGACGCCCACAGCCACUUUUGCUGGAAGACCACUGAUGACGGGCAGUUGCACGGUCCCCUACUUUGCAAUUGUGACCAACAACUUGAACGCCGCGAUGGUGACUGAGUUUCCCGCGAUCGGCUGUUCUGACGAGAGGGCAGACUGUUGUCCGUUCGACCCGAACCUGAAUCAGGCUUUGACUAGAUGUCCCCAGGACUAUUUCACCACAGCAAACGGUUGCUGUCCAAUUGGUUUCCAAGUAUACUACACGGCCAUUGGUGCGCAAACACCCUGUUAUUCCGACCCAGCAACAAAGUUCAUUCCGGCAUCAACGCCAACGAUAUCGGGAUUGACAUUGAUUACCGACCAUGUCUUUUCGCAAAUGUAUAUGCUGGCCAAGCCUUCGUCACACGGAGUAAAGUUGCCGUUGGGUGCCAAGAUUGGAAUCGCAGUGAACGCGGUCCUCUUCGUUGGAAUCAUCAUUGCUCUGAUCUUUUUCAUCCGCCGCAGAAGAAUGAAGGCAGCCGCGGCAGAAAACGCCCGAUCGACGACAUUCCCGCCGCAAGAACCCGCUCUGCAAAUGUCCGAGGCCCCGAACACCCAUGAGCUGGACAGUCCAGAGGCGCAGACAACAACAAAGUCCCCUGGAACACCUGGAGAUCCAAAUUGGCCCAUUUUCCCGGCUUCGUCGCCUCCUGCGUAUGAGCAUCCCAGGGCGAAGCCGCUGCCGUCCAACAAGUUGAGCCCUAGCACUCCACAGGAGCUGCCAGGAAGCACGUAUAUCCAUGAACACCACCCUGCCUACUCCAGUGGGGAUUCGGCAACAGAGGUGACAGCGCCAUCAUCACCUCCAAGGACCCCAGUCCAGCAGAAGACCCAGAAAAACUCACCCGUCUUGUCCGCCCUUACUCCAAGGUCGGGGAAUCAAAGUCCACCGUUUGUCUCGCCGUUGGGGUCUCCAAGGCUACCUCAAACACCGCCAUGACAGGCUUAUACAUAUUUCAGUGCGUUUGGAUCUGUUCGAAGGGUAGAUAGAGAUAGGGAGCGAAGAAAUCAUAGUAUGGAGUUACCGGAGUACUUCGAGUUAUGUAGGAACGAUGAUUGAAUGUUGUCAACAAGAAGAAAUAAUUUACCAUAUCC